AAACAAUGACGUGGCAAUUAGUGUCCGAAUACCGUUUACCUUUAGUCAACGCUGAAUACUCAUUUACGUUAAACCUUUCACUGGAAGCUCUGUUUUGUAAGAGCUUUCCUUGUUAUACUUUUUUGGUUUUUUCAAAACAUAAACAACCCAAACUAUCAUGCGAUUCGCGGCGCCACCGCGACGUUCAGCCGAUAUCUCACCGGUUCCCACACCGGCGCCUUCACCAUCACUUUCACCGUAUUCCGGUGAAGCUGAUGAUAUUCUUUCCCGUUCUUCUGAUCCUCCUCUCCAGUUCAGUCCUCCGUUGAUCGCUAUGGUGGUUGUUUUAGCCGCCACUUUUCUCUUCGUGACCUACUCACGCCUCAUCUCCCGCCGUUUUAUUUCUCCCGUUCUCCGUCGUUUUCGACGGUGGAGAUCCCGUCGGCGCCGUCUACUUCACCUAUCCUCUGCCUCGACUUCAUCCUCCCACCUCCGAUCCCUUUCUCCCUUCCCUUUCGACUCGUUUCACCACUCUCCUUACGGAUUAGACGAUUCCGUUAUCAAAACGCUUCCUCUGUUUCUCUACUCCGCCGGGAAAAACGUUUCUCCUGCCGCCGAUUGCGCUGUUUGUUUGUUGGAAUUCGAGGAUGGAGAUUACGUGCGCACGCUUCCGUUGUGCUUCCACGCUUUUCACGUCGAGUGCAUCGACGAGUGGUUACGGUCUCAUCCUAACUGUCCCCUCUGCCGCACGGCUAUUCUCCGAUCCGGCGUCGUUUUGCCUACGUCCCCUUUCGUCCCCUUAAUGGCUCCACGGAUUCGUCCGAGCUUCGACGACGAGAUCGCUGCUGCUGCUGCGAUCGACGAGGAGAUCACAGCGUCAGUGGAGGAGCGAUCACCGGAUCGGGAGUUCAAGCGAUCUUACUCGUUCGGUUACGAGAGGGAAGAAUCGGCAGCGACGCCGUGGAGACACCGGAGAUCCACGUGGAGCAGCAAGCAGCAGCGUCAGUCUCCGUUCGGAAACCUAAUGUCGAAAUCGAGAGUGUUCUCGUUGCGUUACCACAGGAGCGCGAAAUCGCGGCGGCGAUCGGGGGUGUUCUUCCCGAUAUCGGAGAGGAUUCCGGCGACGGGAAGCUCGUCGUCGAGGCGGACGAAGUCGAUGACGAGUCCGAUGUUUUUCAGAACAGCACCGCACUCGUCAAGCCGGCUGAGGUGCGGUGAUCCAGAGGCGCUGUUGUCGCCGGAGAGAUGGAGGAGAGGGGACACGUGUAGGGUGGAUAUGUAACAUGAGAUUGGACGGUGGUGAUGGUAAGGGAGAGUGGGGAGGAGGAGAAGAGCAUUAAUGGGAAUGUGGGGUUUGGCAUUAAAUGGAAUUUAAAUGGGUCGAAACAGAGAAGAGAGAUUCAGAAAAUGCUCAAGCUUCUUUGCUUCGUAACAACAACAACAACAAGUGGUGUAUAAAAAUUCUAUGUGCAGUGGCAUACGCCAAAGCUGAGAGGGUCCGAACUGAUCCUGGUCCAAAGACAACUGAACUCGAUCCAAAGAUCGAAGACUGGACUGUUUUGUUAGUAUAAAACUAUAAACUACUGUAUUUCUCUUGGAGUGUCAAAUGCAUUAACUUCCAAACCUGCCAAAGUUAUUAUAGAAACGACGAAGUCGACAAUCUCGUUUAACUUUCGUUUCUAUAAUAACUUUAGUAUUGUCGGUCGCCUAACUGCUUUUAUAUCACGGAGGUUAAUGUUUGCUAAGCUUUCUGUUCAAGUGUUCAUACUACUAAUUUUUCUGUUUAGCUGUCGAUUUAAUUUGACCAAAGGUAAUUUAUGAUUAGUUACAUGGUGGAGAAUAAUGUUACAUUUGAGAAGGCACGGAUCUAAAUUGCGCCUUUGGUUUCCUACAAAAUGUUAUUGAUAAUGAUAACAUUACUGAUAUUAUAUGGGAGCUAGCUAAAACGCUUAGCUUCUUACAAAGAAUUUUUCACGGAAAAUGAUUAUGAUUCUAGUUGGAAAAACUACAAUUCCAAAUUAAAUCUCUAAGCAUAAUUUCAUCUACAUAUAUAUGGUUUCUUUGGGGAAUUUUUACAGAGUAGUCUCUCUUUUAGUUGCCCUCUGUUUUCAUUGUAUACAACUGUUUGUUAUUUAAAUCUGUUUUCAGAUUUAAUCUGAAGCUCUGCUAGGAAACUUUGCCAUGCAUUUCAAGUGAAAAGGAAUACAGAUCGUGUGAAACUGUAAAGAGAAACAUCUUUUUUGCUAACAUUUAUCAAAUAUAAGGCGCAAUCACAAGUUUCUCUCUUAAGAAUGCUGACGAGUUAGAAGAUCGACAUCAACCCGAACUUCUAGCUUCUCUAAAGAUGGUCCUGAUUUGAGAAUGUUUCCGCAUAAAAAAAUAUCUGUAUUUUCUUCACGAGACAUUCAAGCAUUGUAGCAUUGUAGUUACAGACACAAACACAUGAGUCUUCACUAGUCAUGUCUCAUGACUCAUGAUCUAAAAUUUGUUAUACAGUUUUUAAUCUAGACAUAUUUAAAUGUCGCUGUUUCAUGAAGAAAUAUGCGUGAUUUAAGGAUCGUUCUUCAAAGAAAGACCCUAUAACCAAUACCCAAUCAGACACUUCAGAUUUAGAGUUUUUGUUUGUUUCCAACGUGCUAACAAUAUCAAUUUAGUCAUGAUCCAAUUUCUUGUGCUGAUAAUUAUUAGGUUUAUUAGUGUCUUUUAUUAGCCGCUAAGUAUAUUCAAAUUACGUGACUUUGAAACAUUCUCGGCUGAUGAGACAGGACGUGGACAUGCAAGUUGACCUUUUUUAACCUUACAUGCAGGUAGAAUUGGGGAGAAAAGAUAUCACAUUGG